AUGAUUGAAGUUCCACAAGCUGUUGAAAGUGAUAAUGUAGAUCAAUUUGCUUGUAAGGAACAACAUGAUAAUAUUGAACAAACUGGUGAAGAAUCGGUUGAACAAGUUCCUCAGCAGGAUCACCAAGCAGCAUUAAGAAGAUCUACUAGAGUAAAAAAGACAGCAAUUUCUAGUGAUUAUGUAGUGUGCCUACAAGAAUCAGACUACAACAUUGGAGUCAAAAAUGAUCCCGAGACGUUUUCACAAGCCAUGAGUUCUAAGGAAUCAAAUUUGUGCUUUGAAAAGAAUGUCAUGGAUCACUGUAUAUACCAGAAGGCCAGUGGGAGUAAGAUUUGUUUACUUGUAUUAUACGUAGAUGAUAUUCUGCUUGCGGCUAAUGAUAAGGGUAUGCUAUAUGAGUUGGAAGCCUUAUGUAUGCUCAAGUUUGCACUAGACCUGAUAUUGCGUUCGCUGGUGGUGUUUUGGGAAGAUAUCAAAGUAAUCCAAGUAUUGAUCAUUGGAAAGCUGCAAGGAACAAAAGACUUCAUGCUCAUGUAUAAACAAACUGAUGAUCUGGAAGUGAUUGGCUACUCCGACUCAGACUUUGCUAGUUGCGUUGAUUCACGAAGAUCAACAUCUGGUUAUAUUUUUAUGUUAGCCGGUGGAGCUGUAUCUUGGAGAAGUGUCAAACAAACCUUAACUGCUACUUCCACUAUGAAGGCUGAGUUCGUUUCCUGUUUUGAGGCUACCUCGCAUGGUGUAUGGUUGAAGAGUUUCAUGUCUGGCCUUAGAGUUGUGGACUCUAUUUCCAGGCCAUUAAAGUUGUACUGUGACAAUUCUGUUGCGGUAUUUAUGGUUAAGAACAAUAAGAGUGGAAGUCAAAGUAAACACAUCAACAUUAAAUAUUUAGCCGUAAGAGAACGCGUUAAAGAAAAGAAAGUUGUCAUUGAAUACAUUAGCACAGACAUGAUGAUCGCUGAUCCCUUAACUAAAGGCAUGCCACCAAAGAAUUUUAAGGAUCAUGUAGUGCAAAUGAGACUUGGUUCCAUAAUGUAA